AUGUCACAAACUUUGGACAGCCAGGCAAGGCAGAAAAUAGAUAGAUUUGACAGCAAUGCAGUUAUUAGUCCUACCGAGCAAAACCAAGCAAGAAUUUUUGAUAAUAUAAACCAUGAUAAUACUGACUUCGAAAAUUCGAUAUCUAUUGAAAACGCUGGACAAGUUAAUCAAACAAACUAUUUCAACAAUCUGGCUUCAACAAAUAAUCAGACGUUAUCAAGUACCAGUCAGUAUUGUCAACCAGAAAAUUGUAGAUCUAGAAGUUCUAGUGUUGAUCAGCCGAUAGAUGUCGUUAGUAUAGAUCAGCCAAUAGAUGUCGAAAAUUUUAUAUCUAUUGAAGACGCUGGACAUCAAACAAACUGUUGCAACAACCUGCCUUCAACAAAUACGUUAUUAAGUACCAGUCAAUGUAAUCAACCAGAAAAUUGUAGAUCCAGAAGUUCUAGUGUUGAUCAGCCGAUAGAUGUCGAAAAUUUGAUACCUAUUGAAGACGCUGGACAAAUUAAUGAAACAAACUGUUUGAACAACCUGCCUUCAACCAAUAAUCAAACGUUAUCAAGUAUCAGUCAGUGCUAUCAACCAGAAAAUUGUAGAUCUAGAAGUUCUAGUGUUAGCCAGACGAGAGAAGUCGAUAAUUCGAUAUCUAUUGAAAACGUUGGACAAAAUAAUCAAAUAAGCUUCUUCAAUAUCCGGUCUUCAGGCUCAAGUAGACAGACAAAUCAUUUAACCGUCACCAUUGAAACCAAUGUUACGAAUUUAAACCAGAAUGUUAACUAUUCUGUUGACAACGAUAAUACCCAAUCCGUAAUUUCCAUAUCAACCACUUCCGCGCCACCGAAAAAGCGCAAACGUACACCUAACAAUAAAAGUAACGUAAAAAAAAGAAAGUACUUUGAAUGCCAACGUUGCAAGACGCUUUUUGUAGAGGACGAAGAGUUCAAGGAACAUAUAAAAAUCCUAAACCAGCAAGGAAACUGCACCUCAUCCACAGAAAUUCUGCAAACUUCUUCAACUGAUCCGAAACAAUACACUUGUCACGUUUGUCUGAAGACAUUCACCAACGUCAUGUACUUCGAGUGCCAUAUGCAAACUCAUAAUGAACAAAUUAAUCACAAAUGUCAAAUUUGUAAUAGAACGUUUACUUCGAUUUAUAAAUAUGACAAACAUAUGAUGUUUCAUACUUUGCAAAUGAAGGCGGUUGUCAAUCCUGAUGUUAUCACCAUUGAUGACGAUGAUGAAUAA